AUGUAAAAUAAUAAAGAAUUGUGCAAAGUUCAAAUCAGAUCAGAUCCAUUCAUAGAAGAUAUUUCUGCAACUCUCAUGAAAAGUGCAAGAGGUGGUUUUACUCUUAAAAGUGAAGGAACACUUGAGGGAUCUUUUACCUUCCCAUUUGAGAUUUAAGAGCAAUUAUUGAUCCAAUCAGACAAAUAGGUACUGGCUAAGAUAGAAUUAGACGGUAUUAUUUUUGCCAAAGAUAAAUCAACUUUUGAUGCGAUUAGAAUCAAACAUUAGGGACAGGAUUACUCACUAAGUCUUUAUUUCGAGAUCCAGAGAUCAACAUAGUCUGAAGAUAAAUUGCUUACUCUGGACAUUAGUGUAUCUGGAUUACCAAUUAAACAGAAGUGCUUCAGCUGUUUCCCUGCCGUUCCUCUCGCAUUCUAUGAAAUAUUAACUGCAUACAAUAAUACUCAAAUCUAUGAAAGUGAAAUAACUAGAUUACCUUCACAAGAUCCAGUUUGGAUGCCAUCAGGCAAGCUAAGCUCAAACCAAAUCUCUCCAUUAUUUAGAGUAAACAUUUAUAACAGUUCAGAUUAACAAAAAUCUAGAAGAUAGCUUAUUGGUGGAGUAGAUAUUGACUAUGCUAUCUUAAUAGAUGGUAAAGAAUUUAUGUUUGAAUUAGAUGGAAUGGAGAAUACUCAUGUUCUUGUGGAUCGUGUGCAAAUACAAUAGUGA